AUGACUUCCCGCGUAGGCCAGAAGAAAGCCGCCUCCGAGGAGACCACAGCUGCAAGCGAAGGCUGUAAUGGGCUGCUGGUCAAGACAAGGGCUUCGUGUCGUGUAAGUCGGACAGACCAAUUUUGUCCACCAUCUUCGUCACUUUCCGAGCACAAACAGCACGACGAACGGGCUUCAUCUAUGCAAGCCUCGAAGAUUACUCGGCACGACAACAAUACAUUUCGAUCGUCUUCGUACACGGCAGAGCAUGCGAGCAGUGGCAUUCAACACAUGAAGCGGGCACUGGGCCUAUCAGAGAGGAGCAGAUAUCUACCGGGUUCUCUGCAUGGGGGGCCGACAUCGAAUUCCGAUACUGCUUACCUGAGCCUCGAGGAGGCCUUUCUGCUUCGGCACUUCGCACAGAAUCUAGCUCAGUGGUUUGAUUCCAAUGACCGAGAUCGCCACUUUGCUCUUCAUGUCCCUGAACGAGCCAUGUUUUGCUCGGUACUGCGAUACGCGAUAUACACGGCCUCAGCCGGACUUUUGACCCGCUUAGCAUCCUGUGGCAAGCCAGUAGAGUCUCUUGGGAUUCCGAAAGAGGUUCAAUUACUUCUGAAUGCCGAAACAGCGAUCCGCUAUCAUGACAUUUGCAUCUCGUAUUUGAUUGAGAUAUCGCAUGACCCCGACGAAGAAUACAGCGAAGACUUUCUCACAGUUGCCACGAUCCUCCGAUUCUAUGAGCGGAUUGAAGCUCCGUCAAUAUGUGAUUCAGGAACAUACCUCAAUGCCAUCCAGUUUAAUGUGAACACACAGCGAGAUGAAUCGUUCUAUGCUUGGAAAUAUGGAGUGCUUUCCUCUACCAACGCCCCUUCAGGCUACCAGUAUCUCCAAACCAAUGACUUUGUUUGGGCCAACAGGAUCCUUGUGUGGGUGGCUGGUCUUCUAACGUUCUGCUUUGGUGACAGCCACUGUUCGGGCGCAGAAGAGCGGACGCAGCGCUGGUCAGCUCUAAAGUCCGUCGAGCAGCGCUGUAAGGAGGCAACGCCACCAGCCUUUAGACAAAUACACUAUCGAGAACCUGGGCCGACAGCCGGAGAGUAUUUUCCCGAGAACUGGCACAUGAACAGCUGGCAGGUUGUGGGGGCCCAGCACUUCGAGCUUGGACGGAUCCUCUUGGCGGUAUCUGAUCCCCGACGGGCAUCGCGACUGGGAAUUGGCGCUUCUGCACGAAACAAAACUCUAGCGGAUGAGUUGCAAGACUGCGCUUGGCGGGAUCUCCACGAGGCUCAUCGCCAAGCGCCAAUUCUGCGCACUGGACCGAACUCGCUCUCCUUCGGCGACACCCAGGCUAUCAAGGACAUUUAUGGACAUAGCACGCCAUGUGUGAAGGACCUGAACGACGUGAUCCUCGGAGGAAGCCAUACCCAUCUCUUUGACGUGGUUGAUAAGAGUGGCCAUGCCCACCAGCGUAAGACUCUCUCCGCUGCUUUUGCCAUCAAAAACCUCGAGUUGUGGGAGUUCAAGGUCGUACAGACUACGAAGCGGCUUCUCAAAGCCAUCGAUGCCCAUUGCACGGCUCCCAUGCCACCUGGACAAGCCAUGCCCGACCCGGUCGAUGUCACGCUGGACUUCAACAAAUGGGUGCACCUGUUCACCAUCGAACCCAUUAACAACAUCGCCCUGUCGUCAACCAUGGACCUCCUAGACAAAGGCACGGACGUCGUGACAGCCCAGAAGCGGGGCGGCACGCUGUACGAGGCUCGAAUGAAGCAGGAGUCUUCAGACUGCCCCAGCGGCCAUACCCGACUCUGCAUGCGGGGAAAGUCAAGCCGUCAAUUGCCGGGUCGGAGAUGGAUUGCCUUGAAAGACGAUUCAUCCUCAAACAAGGAGAAAGCCAUCCGCGAUGAGUUUGUCAAUGACAACUCUCUGGAACUGCUGUCGACCGAGGUCAAGUAUGACAAUGGUCAGCUGCGGGAUCUCAUGCGGUCUCCCAAUUCCCCCGAGUGCUCGCCCGACAACGCUCACUACGGCUUCAACACCGCCCUCAUGACUGCGAUGUUGGAACUCAGCGCCUUCAUUGGCUGUCUGUUCUUCCCUCCCGUCGCGGAUCGCAUCUGCAUCUCUCGCAAGUGGGAUCUGACGGUUGCCGCCGUCUUCUUCGUCGUCGGAGCCAUCAUCCAAGCCGCUGCACCCGAUUAUGCUACUUUGGUCGCGGGCCGGUUCAUCGGAAGUAUCGGUUGCAUUACGAAGCGAUUAUUUUUAGCAUGCUGAUAUUCUAUGACCCGAUGAGUACCCGCUGUGAAUCC